UGUUUAUUUGUGAGCCAAUAAUUAAAAUUGGCCAAAUGUUUUUUCAAAUUUUAAUCAAAAUUUACAAAAUUGAUAAAAAACAAAAAUUCCAAUCCAUUUGAUCAGUAAUGAUCAUGUUUAUUCUUAAACUACGAAACUGCCUAGAACCCUUAUUGAUAUUCAUAAUUUUUUUGGCCAUAUCAAUCAGUUCAUUAUUAUUAUAUUUAUUGUUAAUGAUUAUAAUCGUAAUGAUGAAUACAACAAAGACAGCUAAUAAAUCUUUUUCAUGGUCAUCAUCAUCAUCAUCAUCAUAUAGUCCGAUAAGAUUAUCAUCAAUUUCAUUCAUACGAAUGUUGAUCAUUACAUGUGGUGUGAUAAUGAUAUUGGCCGUAUUAAUCUGUUUAAUUCAUGGUUACAGUAAACAAAAACGUCGUCGACGACAAAAUCAUUAUCGAUCACAAAGAAUAAUAAAUCCAUUAUCAUUAAAUUAUCGAUAUCAACCAAAACAACAACAAUCGAAUCAUAAUGGACCAUCAUCAUUGAUCAAAGUAUUGACCUUUUGA